UUUUUAAUCAAAAAAAAGCAAUGCUCUUAAUUUCUCCUUAAUUUUUUUCGACAAGUUAUCACUAGGUCACAUGACCCCUACUGGCCAAAAUGGCGGACAACAAAACAUUUCAAAUGUAAACAAAACGUAUUGUGAGAUUUAAAGAACCGUUGUAUUAACGGCAGUGGAUUUGAUUGCAUGCUUUACCAAUUAACAGCUAAGAUUGCCAAGGUUAUAAGAAUAAUGGAUAAUACAGAAACUGCAGGGGGUUGUGCAUUCAGUAUAUCUGUCGAUGAGGACCAGCCAAGAGCAAAAAUUCCAAAGAGGCUACAGGAGAGAGCCCAAAACAAGAAAAAGGUUCAUUCGAAGGAAGAAAUAGAUGAGAAGCAGAGGAAGGCAGAUGAAAGGAGAACAGCACACAGUAAAGAGAAAAUCCAGCGGAUGAAAGAAAACCAAGAGCAAUGCUUGAAAAUCAACCAAAAAGUCCAAGUCCUCAUUCAGCAGGAUGCAAAGCGCCGUGGGGCUCCAGGCACAGAACACAUCCGUCCAAUUUCUUCAAAGGAAGCUGUGUCACUUAUUAGAAGUGUUGCUUCUGACAUGGGGAAAAUCACUCAAGGUCUUAAUGAAGAUGUACACAAGGCAACAAGCAGCUCAUUGUGAUCCAACUUAUUAAAUUGCUGCAUACCUUUCUGUAAUUUUAUAUUGGAGGAUGUUGCAGAAGUAUUUAGAAGCAUACAUGCCAAAAAGUUGCUGUUGUGAUUAAACAUCCCUCCCUAUAACAGUUUUGUGUAGUGAUUGGACAUUGAAUGGUUUUAUAAAGCAUCAAAAAGCUCAGCAACUUCAUAAAUACAGAUUUGAUUGAAUAGCAUAUCUCCAUAUCUAUACACAUAUAAAUAAUAUACUCCAGAGAAGUUUAGAUGUGAUGCUUGUGUACUCACCUAUUUGUCGUGUGCACAAGAAAAAACUAGUAUUUAUUUUUAAUUAAGUUUAUUACUUUUAUUGAAAAAUAUAGCAAUAGCUCUUAUUUUAAAAAAUAUAUAAUUUUAUUGCACUUGUGCUGUUUGUGUUUAAUUUAUUUUGUAUGUACAUAAGAUUACUUCGACUAACUAAAUUUCCAUUUAAGUGACAA